GGGGCGGGGGCGGGUGAUGCGGAUCAUGUGAGCGGCCGGGAGGCACGUGAGCUGCGCCGGGAUAAGGGCCGGGAGGCUGCGGGCGCUGCUGCUGUUGCUGCGGGGGAAGCAAAUCGCUCCGUGUCCAAGAUGUGGCAGUCCGUGCCUGUCCUGUGCGUCCUGCUGGCUCUGACGGGUGCGCGCAGUGUCCCCUACUUUGCUCCCCUCUCGCAUGACAUGGUCAACUAUAUCAACAAGCUCAACACGACGUGGCAGGCUGGGCACAAUUUUCGCCAUGCAGACAUGAGUUAUGUGAAGAAACUGUGCGGUACCUUCCUGCAUGGGCCCCGGCUGCCAGAGAGGGUUGCAUUCGCAGGAUACCUGGACUUGCCGGACAACUUCGACUCCCGGGAGCAGUGGCCAAACUGUCCAACCAUUAAUGAGAUCAGAGACCAGGGCUCUUGUGGCUCUUGCUGGGCAUUUGGAGCAGUUGAAGCCAUCUCGGACAGAAUCUGUGUCCACACCAACAGCAAGGUGAACGUGGAAGUCUCGGCAGAAGACUUGCUGUCUUGUUGCGGCUUCGAGUGCGGCAUGGGGUGCAAUGGUGGCUACCCCACUGGAGCGUGGCAGUACUGGACCGAGAAAGGCCUGGUGUCUGGCGGGCUCUAUGACUCCCACGUGGGCUGCAGGCCAUACUCCAUCCCUCCAUGUGAGCACCAUAUCAACGGGUCACGGCCACCAUGCACCGGAGAGGGUGGAGACACUCCCAAGUGCAGCAAGCGCUGCGAAGAGGGCUACAGCCCUUCGUACCAGGACGACAAACACUAUGGCGUUACAUCAUACAGCGUUCCUCGCAGUGAGAAGGAGAUUAUGGCUGAGAUCUACAAGAAUGGCCCGGUGGAGGGAGCCUUCAUUGUGUAUGAAGACUUCCUGAUGUACAAGAAUGGCGUGUACAAGCAUGAGACUGGGGAGCAGGUUGGAGGCCACGCUAUCAGGAUCCUUGGCUGGGGUGUGGAAAACGACACCCCUUACUGGCUGGCUGCCAACUCCUGGAACACGGACUGGGGUGACAACGGCUUCUUUAAGAUCCUCAGAGGGCAGGACCACUGCGGCAUAGAGUCGGAGAUCGUGGCUGGCGUGCCCAGGACAGAACAGUACUGGAGGAGGAUCUAAUUUUUAGUAUCCCAACUGCGGCCAAAGCUACUGAACCGCAAAGAAGUCUGACUUGGAUGCUCUUACCUGGUAGCAGAUUAGGGGCAGAGCUAGCCCAUGCUCUGAAGAGACUAUACAGUCAAAGCCACUUUUUAAUAAAGCCUUUUAUCUUUUUGUUUUUAAUUGUACUGGGUGAGGGAAGAGGCAGGCUGUGCACAAAUGCACUGCAUGCCUCUCUCUGCCAUAGGCAGCUGCCCUAGAGCGGAGUUUGCAUGGUGGCCACCUCCAAAUAGUGCUUCCCUACCCUAAGGACUGAUGCAGGAGAGGGGCUGCUGGUGUCUUGCUGCAGCAGUGAGGUACCUGGAGAAACUUGAGCCUCAUUGGCCAAGCCUGAGAGUGGGGAGGAUAGAGCAAUUAAUUUUCUUCUGGAAACACUGACCCCAUAAGCUGCAGGGCAUCGGGACAGGAUGACCGAAUGGGUUUCUUUGAUCCCUGAUGUAAGAACACUUACCGUGCCAGAGAAGCAUUGCCUGGUAACCUGUGUCCCUGGCAUGCUCUGCAGACUGCGAGUCCUCUACAGGAGCCUAGGUUCCCCAAGUGGGUAUGUGCAAUCUUGACCUGUAAGUACACAGCUCUGGAUAGUGCCCGUAAGCUUCUGAAAAUGUUGUGCCUUGGUUUUACUGACUCUUCUUCUUGAGGGAAGAGACCAGUGACAACCCAAUACUGGCCACUGGAGGUGGACUGGCUCUGCAGAGUUGAGGGGAAAAAGGGUCCCUACUUAUAAAGUAACUGAAAAGCCUUUAGUUAAAUAGCUUGCUGUUUUUAGCUUCUGCCAAAGCACUGGCUGCUACAGUUUGGGGGUUUCUACUCUGGGAUGCAGGGGGUGGUGGGGAGUUGGUGUGAGCUCCAGAUAACAAGCAUGUCUGGCUUCUUGACAAAAAGAGCCCUGUGUAGCUGCCACCACCCAGCCCCAGAUCUCCUCCCCGGAUACUUAUUAAGCAACCCCACAUCCCUUCCUUGUGUGUCCCCAGUGCAGAACAUGGAAAUCCUUAUAUUGCUCAUAAGAUCCCAGUACUUUUACUUGAUUCCCCAACAGCCAUGGGAAAGAGGGCUUAGCAUUGUCCAUGGCAGUGGCCACAGGAGAAGCUUGCGGUCGGCUAGCUGCUUUGCACCACUUUCCCGUAGUGCAGGAGACUUGCUGAAGACUUCCAUUUUUUUGUUCCUAGGAACUUGUUUCCCAGAGGAGGGGUUUGGGGUAGGUGCGUGGGCAGAACCAUAUGAGAACAAGGAAGAUGAUUUUUAAAGUAAAAGUCAUGUUGCUUAACUGAGGUGUUGCAGUCCUGGUAUAAAUUUGAUGGGCAAUCCCAGCACCUGUCUUAGACUGUUCUGGUAUUUGGUGUUGCUCUUUAAAUUGUCUCCUUUAAUGCCUGUUUUUUUUGUAAUUGCUUUAACCACUAGUGAGGGUGACUUCAGUGUCAAUAAAGGUUUCUCCUGUC